AUGUCCAAGACGACCAUUGUCAACGCCCACGGCGACCGCCCGUCUUUCUUCAACCCCCUCAUCGCGGCGUGCCAGCUGAUCAACGUGGCCAGGGAGGGGGAGGAGCCCGACAUGUGGACGGCAAAGGAGGACUGCAGGCUGCUGGCCGCGCAGCUGUCUGACAGCAAGGGCCACCCCCUGUCUGCUGACAAGCGGCGUAAGUGGUGCGACGACGAGGACAACGCGGCCGGCCUCUUUUUCGAGACAGAUCUUGUGUACACCUUCCACCUCUGGCAGGACCUGCUGGGCUUCUCCAGCUACAGCGCCAAGCUGGGGUUUGUGUCGUUCGACCUGACGAGGAUGCUGCACUCCAACCCGCUGCAGCUGAUGUGCAAGGACGUGGACAGCGGGGACUACCUUUACGCGGCGAUGGUGUGGCACGAGCGCCUUCUGUACCCCGACGAGCACGCCGCAAAAGCAAAGGAGCUGCGGCGCUCAAAAUCGGCGAGCGCCAUGGCGGCUGUCGGGCGGUCGCUGUCUGGCAGCAUCAGCGGCCGCCUGAGGAGCCUCGGGCUGAUGCAGUGA